UAAUAAAUUUUCAUAUUUUCAGUAAUAAAAUGGAAUUAUGAGACUGAAUUUCGCACAGCCGAGUGCAGAAAAAAUGAAAUGUAAAUUCUAGAGUAAAAUACCUGAACACGUCACAAAAACAGGCAAAACAGGCACAAAAGAAUGAAAAUGAUCCACAAUCUAGCAACCUCCUCCACCACCGCCAGCUCGCGGCUCCUCCUCCUCGUCUCCUCCUCUCUUUCCAAACCCUUCAUAUGUCUCUCCAAAAAGCUUCAAUUUUCUUCUUCUAAACCUAUUACUUCCCCUCAGAACUCCAGGCCUAUCUCCUAUUACCGGGCCCCAAUGAAUAUCCUCAACAAACUCGGUUUUGGCACUAGGUCCUCUGACCCAUCUACCAUCGACCCAACAAUCCCUCAGAGCUCGGACGACGACCUGCCAGCCGCUGGUCAGCAGUUCGUGCAGUUUGGAGCUGGCUGUUUCUGGGGGGUUGAAUUGGCCUUCCAGAGAGUUCCAGGCGUCACCAAGACCGAGGUGGGUUACAGUCAGGGCCUCUUGCAUAAUCCCACUUAUGAGGAUGUAUGUACCGGGACUACCAACCAUAAUGAGGUGGUCAGAGUGCAGUAUGAUCCUAAAGAGUGUAGCUAUGAGACUCUUCUCAAUGUUUUCUGGGCUAGGCAUGAUCCUACUACCAUGAAUCGCCAGGGAAAUGAUGUGGGAACACAAUAUAGAUCCGGAAUAUACUAUUACACCCAAGAUCAGGAAAAGGCAGCUCGAGAGACUUUGGAACAACAGCAGAAGCUCUUGAACCGAAAGAUAGUCACUGAGAUUUUACCUGCCAAGAAGUUUUAUCGAGCUGAAGAAUACCACCAACAAUACCUUGCCAAAGGUGGUCGUUUUGGAUUUAAGCAAUCUGCUGAGAAAAGCUGCAAUGAUCCAAUUAGAUGCUAUGGCUAAACUGCCUCCUCCCAAAAUUGGAAACACUGGAGACUAAUUAUUUAUUUUGAUAUGCCCUAAGCUUUAGUAUACUUGGCUGGGGUGAGCAUGUUCUGUGUGUCUAGUUAACAGGACAUGGAUCCCUAAUAGUUUUAUGUAUGUAAGGUGUGUGCAUUUUACUAUUUGUGUAAAGCUUUCAGCCUGGGCAAAUUAGUUGGUAAAUAAGAAAUAAAGUUUUAUAUUGUUAAUGAA